AUGCCACCGAAAACAAUGGCCAAAACUACGGCGCGUUCAAGUUUGGGUGGAAAGUCGGCACCAGGCACACCAGGAACACCGCGAGGCGCGGGAGGAGGCAGAGGAGGAAGAGGAUCGCGAGGUGGUAGAAAGAGUACUGGUUCGACAAGAAAUGAUGGUACUGAACGCAAAAAGCGAAGAUAUAGGCCGGGCACCAAGGCUUUGAAGGAAAUCAGACAAUACCAGAAAUCGACAGAUCUUCUGCUGUUGAAGCUACCGUUCUCGCGAUUGGUACGAGAGAUCUCGCUAAACAUGGCUCCUGUAAGCGCAGGCGUGACGCGAUGGCAGUCCCAGGCCAUCCAAGCUCUGCAAGAGGCCGCAGAGGCUUUUUUGAUCCACUUGUUCGAGGACUCGAAUCUAUGCGCCAUUCAUGCGAAGCGUGUAACGAUCAUGCAGAAGGAUAUCCAGCUUGCCAGAAGAAUCCGCGGCGCCUGGGGCGGCCUUGUCAAGCUCAUAUCGUCCUUCCUGAUAUCGUACCCUCUGGCGGCAGUACUAAAGCGCCUACCUGAUGACAAGCCAUAUAUAAAGAAUGCCUUCAACAUAAGUGUUGCUCUUUUCUACCUGGUUGGACUGUUCGACCUGUGGGGCGGCCUGGUAGUCGUCUUAUUCGAUGCUGUCGGAGCGUAUCUCAUCGCGGCAAAGAUUGAGGGCCCCUACAUGCCAUGGAUCGGCUUCGUCUUCCUGAUGGGCCACAUGUCGGUCAGCCACAUCUACCGAAUGAUCGAGGACAAUCCGAGUUCUGUCGACAUUACCGGAGCACAGAUGGUUAUGGUCAUGAAGCUGUCUGCUUUCUGCUGGAACGUGUGGGACGGCAAACAGCCAGAUGCCGAACUGAACGACACGCAAAAGGAGCGUGCUAUCAGAAAAUUGCCAGGUCUACUCGACUAUGCCGGCUUUGUGGCCUUCUUCCCAUCGAUCAUGGUCGGACCUGCCUUCGACUACGUCGAUUAUGAGCGUUGGCUCAACACUAGUAUGUUCGACCUUCCUCCUGGAACCGAUCCGAUGAAGGCACCUCCCACGCGCAAGAAGCGCAAGAUCCCGCGAAGCGCUACCCCAGCCAUGUUGAAGAUGGUCACUGGUCUCGUCUGGAUUGGCGCUUUUUUGCAGCUCUCUGCCUACCACGGCCCACAUGUUGUGUUUGGUGACCAAUACAGAGACAUGAACUUCUUCUGGCGUGUUUACCACCUGCACAUGCUCAGCUUCGUGCAGCGCAUGAAGUACUACGGAGUCUGGACUUUGACGGAAGGGUCCUGUAUUCUCGCUGGCAUUGGUUACAAAGGCAUCAACCCAAAGACUGGCAAGCCUGACUGGAGCCGCCUCACGAACAUCAAACCACUAGGAGUAGAACUGGCACAGAACAGCCACGCCUACCUCGGCAACUGGAACAUCAACACGAAUCACUGGCUCAGAAACUACAUGUUCCUCCGUGUCACACCGAAAGGCAAGAAACCCGGCUUCCGCGCAAGUAUGGCCACGUUCGUUACUAGCGCCUUCUGGCACGGCUUUGCUCCAGGCUACUACAUGGCCUUCGUGCUCGCGAGUUUCAUUCAGAACGUAGCCAAGAAUUCUCGCCGCCUCCUCCGCCCUCUCUUCAUGACUCCAGACGGCACCAACCCCACUUCUUCCAAACGCUACUACGACUUCUUCACCUGGCUUGUGACCCAACUAAUCUUCUCCUUCACCACCGCGCCCUUCAUCCUCCUCACACUCCACGACAGCACCUUGGUCUGGGCACGCGUGUACUUCUACGGAAUCGCUGCCGUCCUCAGCACCAACCUCCUGCUCCUCACGCCAGCAAAGGCAUGGCUGCAGAAGAAGGUUCGCGCUCGGACAAACACCAGACCGGAUCUGAAGCGUCACGAGAGUAACGAGAGUAUGCAAGGUGCGACACUGGGAGUGCCCAGUGAUCCGGGUCGUGCGUAUGAUGAGAUGGUAGAGGAGAUCAUCGAGGAGGUGAGGAAGAGGAAGGGAAGUGCCGUGCUUCCAGAUCGGGAGGAGCUGAGGAAGAGGGUAGAGGAGACGUUGCAAAUGAAGUUGAAUGGUGGUGGGGAUGGGGAAAGGGGGCAGUAG